GUGUCACUGCCAGUGCUGUGGGUGUCCCCAAGCCGUGUCACUGCCAAUGCCAUGGGUGUCCCCAAGCCGUGUCACUGCUCAUAUUGUGGGUCCCCUCAGCCGUGUCACUGCCAGUGCUGUGGGUGUCCCCAAGCCGUGUCACUGCCGAUGCCGUGGGUGUCCCCAAGCCGUGUCACUGCCGAUGCCGUGGGUGUCCCCAAGCCGUGUCACUGCCGAUGCCGUGGGUGUCCCCAAGCCGUGUCACUGCCGAUGCCGUGGGUGUCCCCAAGCCGUGUCACUGCCGAUGCCGUGGGUGUCCCCAAGCCGUGUCACUGCCGAUGCCGUGGGUGUCCCCAAGCCGUGUCACUGCCGAUGCCGUGGGUGUCCCCAAGCCGUGUCACUGCCGAUGCCGUGGGUGUCCCCAAGCCGUGUCACUGCCGAUGCCGUGGGUGUCCCCAAGCCGUGUCACUGCCGAUGCCGUGGGUGUCCCCAAGCCGUGUCACUGCCGAUGCCGUGGGUGUCCCCAAGCCGUGUCACUGCCGAUGCCGUGGGUGUCCCCAAGCCGUGUCACUGCCGAUGCCGUGGGUGUCCCCAAGCCGUGUCACUGCCGAUGCCGUGGGUGUCCCCAAGCCGUGUCACUGCCGAUGCCGUGGGUGUCCCCAAGCCGUGUCACUGCCGAUGCCGUGGGUGUCCCCAAGCCGUGUCACUGCCGAUGCCGUGGGUGUCCCCAAGCCGUGUCACUGCCGAUGCCGUGGGUGUCCCCAAGCCGUGUCACUGCCGAUGCCGUGGGUGUCCCCAAGCCGUGUCACUGCCGAUGCCGUGGGUGUCCCCAAGCCGUGUCACUGCCGAUGCCGUGGGUGUCCCCAAGCCGUGUCACUGCCGAUGCCAUGUCUCUAACUGUGUUUUCUGCCCCGCUGCUUUGUUGUGUGUGAGCUCUGUUGUUUUCUGCCGCUCUGUCACUGCGUUUCUGCUGCCCCUCCCUGCAGCCGGGUUUGUCAAGUCGCCCAUGUCAGAAACUAAGCUCACGGGGGACGCCUUUGAACUGUACUGUGAUGUGGUUGGGAACCCCACUCCAGAGAUCCAGUGGUGGUAUGCUGAAGUCAACCGGGCUGAGGCUUUCAAACAGCUGUGGGAUGGCGCUCGGAAGCGCCGUGUCACCAUUAACACUGCCUACGGGGCCAAUGGGGUGAGUGUGCUGAGAGUAACCCGCCUUACCUUGGAAGACUCUGGGACUUACGAGUGCAGGGCCAGCAACGAUCCCAGGAGGAAUGACUUGAGGCAAAAUCCCUCCAUUACGUGGAUUCGAGCCCAGGCUACUAUAAGCGUCCUGCAGAAGCCGCGGAUCAACGCCAGCGAGGACGUGGUGCUGCACGUGGCCGGCGCGGCCGUCACGCUGCAGUGCAACCUCACCAGCAGCCCCAGCCCCCUGAGCGCCAGCUACUGGGUGAAGAACGGCGAGGAGAUCCCGGGCACCAGGAAACUCUCCAACACCACCGAGUACAGGAUCCUGAAGGCCCGAGCAGAGGAGUCGGGGGAGUACCUGUGUGUGUUCGUGUUCUCCGGCUCGCCCGUCGCCAACGCCACCAUCGAAGUCAGAGCCACUCCUGACAUCACUGGGCACAAGAGGAGUGAGAACAAAAACGAGGGGCAGGAGGCCCUGAUGUACUGCAAGUCCGUGGGCUUCCCCCACCCCGAGUGGGUCUGGCGCAAGAAGGUCAAUGGGGUGUUUGAGGACAUCAACAACUCCUCGGGCAGGUUCUUCAUUUCCAACAAAGAGAACUACACCGAGCUGAGCAUCACGAACCUGCAGAUCAACGAGGACCCCGGCGAGUACCAGUGCAACGCCACCAACCAGGUGGGCUCGGUGUCGGUCACCACCAUCCUGCGCGUGCGCAGCCACCUGGCCCCGCUGUGGCCCUUCCUGGGCAUCCUGGCCGAGAUCGUCAUCCUGGUGGUCAUCAUCGUCAUCUACGAGAAGCGGAAGCGGCCGGACGAAGUUCCCGACGAUGAUGAACCAGCUGGGCCAAUGAAAACCAAUUCUACAAACAAUCACAAAGACAAAAACUUACGUCAGAGAAACACAAAUUAAAAAUGCUCAUCAUGUAAGUAUUGCCUGCGCCCGGCCGGGAGCGGGCAGGCCCAGCCCUCCUGCCCGGAGUGCUGGGGGCGCAGCAGCAAAACAUUCCCGCUGCGCCUCAGGGAGCGCGGGGGGGACCAACCAUUGAUUUCCUCAAACAGGCUGGGGGUUAAGGACCUGCCUGCUAAAAUCUAGACAAAGCUGCCGAGCCCUCCUCAUUCCCCGCUAAAAGGUGGAGCUGGGGCUGGCGGGAGCCCCGGUGGGAGCGCGGGGAUUGCAGGCUGCGGCGGCUCGCGCUGUUCACCAUUGACUAGCACCUCUUUCUCGUUUCUUUUUUAGAGCUUUAAGUUUCUGAGAGACUGAUGGCAAUAUGACCUGCUAAAUUUAAGGGUUGGAACUCUUGGUUCUAGAACUCCAGUUCUGUCUGAUUUCUUUUUUUUUCUUUCCUUUCCAAGUGAGCAACAAUAUGACUGUCUAACGCAUGCCUUAUUUAGCCUCUCCUGCAAGGAUGACCUAGCCAGAUGAAUUUUAAUAAUGCUUCCGUGUAGAAGGUGUAAACUCUUUUGGGCUUGAUGUGCUGUGAAUGUUGCUUUUUUUUCCUCCUUUCCUCUCUUUACACGAGCAGUAGCCAGGCGGGUUCACGCAUGCGCUGUUUUUUACUUCCUGUAGCUGUUAAAUUCGGCACCGCUCAAACCGCACCGCUGCCAUCUAGUGAGACUUCUUUUGUAAAGUACAGCAAAACUUAAAGAUAUAUACAGUAUAUAUUUAUAUUUGGGGGAGGGGAAACCAGAAGUCGUUGUGGUUCAUUUUGAAGCUGCUGAUAUUCAUUCCUUACUGUAUGGCUGGAAGGAGGGAGCGAUGCCAGGCUGGCGCUCGCAGCAGGGACAUUGGGAUUUCCUUAAGGGCUUUAACCAAGGAGCACGGGGGGGUGUCCUGUUGGGCGUCAGGGCUGGGUGGUGCCAGGGGCUGCUGGUGGUGGUGGGAUGCAGUUGGAAACAAAAACAAACCUUCAGUUUAUAAAUAUAUAUAUAUUAUUGCUUUUUAAGUGAUUUUUUUUUUUGUUAACUCAUGUAAAUUCUUAAAUCCUUUUGCACUGAUGUGUUCGACAUAUUCUUGUACAUUCAAUUCAGGCAAACUUUUAUAAUUUUUUUUUUUGUUUAAAUGAUGAAAUGUUACAGCAUGGUGAUAUUCUAUGCAACUAGUUAUUCCUCUUUAGUUUGACACUGUAAUUUCUCAUGAUUUUAAGAUUGUAGAAAUAGACCUACCAGGGUUCUCAUGAUGUGCGUAACUGUAGCUGCAUGAACUCGUGUUCUGUGUAUUUGUUGAAGUGCAAUGAUGUAUAAAAAGUGGAUUCACCCGUUUUUAAAAAUAAAACA